UGCGGCGUUGUUCGUGAAGAAAUGGCUGAAGCCGGUCGCCCGCAGCGUUUCUGUGCCAUUCCUGUUUUCCUGCCAGAAUUUGUGCUGGCAUUUGGCAUUUCCAGCUGUUCUUCUGUCUCCUCCCUUUGGCUGAGACGUUAGUCCUCUCGGCAGGUGGUGGGUGAGAAAAAGAAAAGUUGCCAACCAACUCCCACGUCCGCCAGGAAAUUGGACGGCCUUUUUGCUGUGCAAAAGUUUGGUGUGAAAUUAAAGCCUGUAUUGCUAUAAUGGGAAAGAAGCGAACCAAAGGAAAAAAUAUUCCUGCAGAUGUCUCACCAGAUGUACUGGGACCAGCAUGCAAGCACCUUCGCAAAGGAUUGGAACAAGGUCUUCUAAAAAAAGUGUUGCAGACUGUGGACUUGAAUUCCUGCCAGGAUUGCCAGAUAGAUGACAAUAAGACAGAUGAAAAAUCUGAUAAGAGUACAGAAGACAAACCAUCAAUAUGGUUAUGUUUAAAAUGUGGCCACAGGGGUUGUGGCAGAAAUUGUCAAGAGCAACAUGCCUUAAAACACUAUGAAACGCCAAGAUCAGAACCUCACUGUUUGGUUCUUAAUGUGGAAAACUGGUGUGCCUGGUGCUACUUAUGUGAUGAUGAAAUACAAUAUAAUUCAUCUACUCGACUGGGCCAGCUUGUGGAUUUUAUUAGAAAACAAACUUGUGUGAACAUUCCAAAUACAGCUUCUAAAAAUGAAGAAAAACCUUUGGAAAACAAAAAACUUAAAGACCACAAAAAUGAGGAAGAGAAGGAGAAGAAGGAAAUCUUGUUCAAAGACAAUAAAAGGCAAUUAAAUGACAAUUCAGAAAUGACGGUGAAAGGUCUUAGCAACCUAGGAAAUACAUGUUUUUUUAAUGCGGUUUUGCAGAAUCUAUCACAAACAUCAGUUCUGAGAGAGUUGCUGAAAGAAGUAAAAAUGCCUGAUUCAACAAUUAUACUUAAGCCACCAGAAUUCUCAAUAACGGAACCUUUGGUGGUAAUGCUUGAUCCUCCAAGACCUCUAACGCUAGCAAUGUGCCAGUUUCUAGCAGACAUGCAAGAGACAAAAAAAGGAUCUGUGACCCCUAGAGAACUUUUCUCUCAGAUUUGUAAAAAAGCAACAAGAUUCAAAGGAUAUCAGCAGCAGGACAGCCAAGAGUUGCUUAGAUAUCUAUUGGAUGGGAUGAGAACUGAAGAAAUCCAAAGAACGAGUGCUGCAAUUUUUAAGGCAUUGAAUAAUUCUGACAAAGGAAAUGAAGAGUUGAAAAAAGAGGUUAAAGAAUAUGAAAAGAAAAGGCUAAUGCAUAGUUUUGUGGACCGCAUUUUUGGUGGAGAAUUAACAAGUACAAUCAUGUGUGAAGAGUGCCAAACAGUUUCUUUGGUACAUGAACCAUUUCUCGAUUUGUCACUCCCCGUCUUAAAUGAUCAGAAUGGCAAGAAAAAUAAUGUUAAAAAAUUACAGAAAAAAGAAAUGGACGGUUGUGAAGAAAAUAUAGAAACUGAAUGUUAUGUGAAAGAAAGAAAUGAAAUUCCUGUUACAAGUAAGCAUCUACAGAAAAAGGAAAGGAAAAUAGCCAGGAAGCAAGCAAAGAACCAACGCCAUCAGCAGAAAUUUCAGGAGAAAGUUAUUCAUCUAACAGAUAGUGAUGUUACUGACAAAACUGAAGCUGAUCAGGAUUGCAAUAAACAAAUAAUAGAGAGUAACUCUGACAUAAGAUGUCUGAAACAAGGAGAGAAAGAAUCAUUAAACACAUGUGAAGAGCACUGUGUGGAUAAAAAAUGUGUAGAUGAACCAGAAAGUACAAUUCAAGUAGAAAUCACAGAAAAACAUGAUGAAAAUGCAGACAGUUGUGAUCAAGAGGCGAAUAAUGAAGUCAAUUUGGAUGUUUCUAUAAAAGAUUUUGUUCCUGCUGUAGAGUGUGUCAAUAAGUUUGAUGAUUUGCAUCUUAAGGAAGAUAAGGAUGAGGAAGAUGUUAUCAGCGACUUCAGCAAAUUAUUCCUGGAGGAAGAAGAGCUGAGUGAUACAGAUAGUUUGCAGGAAUUUUAUGGUUUUGAAACACAAACAUACGAAGUAGUAAAUGAAGAUCCAGAAACAGCAUUUUGUACUCUUGCAGACAGGGAUACUGUCAACAUAGAAGAAAAUUCAAUUCUUCAUUGCUUGAAUCAGUUUACUCAUAUUGAGAAACUUUGUGAGAACAACAAAUUACUUUGUGAAGUGUGCACACGGAAUCAACUUUGUGGAAUCAAAACUAAUAAAAUAAAUGCCAAGAAAUAUGUAUACACUAAUGCCAAAAAACAAAUGCUUAUUUCUCUUGCUCCUCCAAUUUUAACGCUUCAUUUAAAAAGAUUUCAACAGGCUGGAUAUAAUCUCCAAAAAGUAAACAAGCAUAUAAUGUUUCCUGAAGUUAUGGAUUUGGCUCCUUUCUGUUCAAUUAAGUGCAAGAAUGUAAGAGAGGGGACUUCAGAAGUAUUGUACUCAUUGUAUGGUAUUGUGGAACACAGUGGCACUAUGAGAUCUGGUCAUUAUACUGCUUAUGUGAAGACAAGUACCACCAGUCAACUUUCUGAUCUUGUCAAUGACAAAAUUCAACAAACUUCAGAAUCUGAGUCACCCAGAAGACAAUGGUUUCAUGUAAGUGACACUCAUGUGCAAGCAGUAUCCAUAUCCAAGGUCCUGAAGUCACAAGCAUAUCUUCUCUUCUAUGAAAGAAUAUUGUAAACUGGAAAAAUUCCAACCUAGAAAAACUUCACCAAACUUUUAUCAUGUUGAGUUUAUUUUCUCUUCUUAAAUCUGAAUUUAAACGUAACUUCCUUUUAUAUAUAUGUAUGUAUGUAUGUAAGUUUGGUUCAUAUCUGAUGCAUUGUAUGAUAAGAGGGCAUGUUCCUUGAUCCAUAAACUCAGAUCAUUCUCAAUUUUUAAAAAAUCUAAAAUAUGCAAUAACUUUGAGAUCUAUGAGAAUAAUUGGAUAAAUUAGAGAGAUAAAUUGGUUUGAAAGUUUACUGUCAAUUUAUUUUCACAAGUAAUGAUAGGUGAGAUGCCCUGCAGAACACAAUUCAGGAGUGUCAAAUUAUAUUUGACUACCCUAUUUAGAAAGCUAAAACACGGUUCACUCCAAUAUAAUCUUUUGCAAUAUUCUUUCUCAGAGGCAAAGAUGGUUCGAGUCUACCAGUCUUUCAAAACUGUCUAUAAAGACCUAAACUCUGCCAUCUCCCUUGGGCCUGACAGAGAAGCAGUAGCUGUGGCUGGUUAGUGCCCUGAGGGUCCUCCACCCACCUUUUGAUUAACUUUUCAUCCUUGCCUCUAUUAAUUUUUAUACUCAGUUUUUUAACAUUUUAUUUGUAUACCACCAAGAGUGCCUCUGUGACGGAAAUGGUGGUUUGUAAAUUGGAUGAGAAAAUAAA